AUGGCUAAUAGAAGCAGGACAGAAGUGACUGAGUUUGUCUUAUUGGGUCUGUCCAGCUGGCCAGAGAUGCAACCAGUUAUUUUUGGGAUUAUCCUGGCCAUGUACCUGGUGGCAGUGAUGGGCAAUGCUCUUUUAGUAGCUGUUGCCCUAUCAGACCCCAAGCUCCAGACCCCCAUGUAUUUCCUGCUCAGUCAGCUUUCUUGCAUUGACAUAUUUCUGACAACCAUCACUGUUCCCCAGAUGCUGGUGCACACACUGUCUGUGACCAGAACCAUCUCAUUUAACUGCUGCAUGACCCAGCUAUUCUUCUUCAUGGCUGUGGGCAGCAUGGAAGGCCACUUGUUGGCUGCCAUGGCCUAUGACCGCUAUGUUGCCAUCUGUGACCCCCUAAGAUACUCUGCCAUUGUCAGCCGUCGUCUCUGUCUACGCAUAACCUUGACCUCAUGGGUGGUUGUCAGCCUCAACAGUCUCCUUUAUAGUGUGUUGGUCACCCGCUUAACCUUCUGUGGCAACCAGAUCACCCAUUUCUUCUGUGACAUCACACCCUUGCUGAAGCUCUCCUGCACCCGGCCAGUGGUCAAUGAAAUGCUAAUAUUCACUGAGGGCGUAGCUGUGGUGGUCAGCCCCUUCUUCUUCAUUUUAGGGUCUUAUGCCUGCAUUGGCGCUGCCAUCGUCCGCAUGCACUCACUCGCCGCCCUGCGCAAAGCCCUGUCCACGUGCAGCUCCCACAUCCUGGUUGUGCUGCUCCUGUAUGGCUCUGUGAUCCGCAUGUACCUGCGACCAUCUUCCAGCUAUGACUUGGACCAGGAUCGCCAGGUCGCCAUCUUUUACACAGUGGUCACCCCUAUGCUGAACCCUCUGAUCUACAGCUUGAGGAACCAGGAGGUUAAGGGAGCUCUGCGAAGGCUUUUCAGGAAACUCUGCAUCUCAGGAAACUUCCAGCCUGGUUCCCAGGCAAACAGGAAAUGGAAGCACAUUUCCUGAGCCGAAGGUGUUACGAUCUAGCUUGAAAAUGUGUCGAAUAGAAAUGGUGCCCUCUUAAUAAUGGGUAUGGCUCACAUUUUUAUGGAAUAACCUUCUUGGUUAAUGUCCUUUAGUUUGUGUUUGGGAAGAUUGAGUUCACAGAUAUUCU